AUGGAAGACCAAAAACAAGAGUUUUUGAUGUUGAAACAGAGAGAUAUGUCCGUAGUGGAUUAUGAACGGGAAUUUCUGAGACUGAGCAGAUAUGCAAUUGAAUUUGUACCGACUGAAGCUGACAGAUGCAAGCGACUUCUAAGAGGACUGCGAGAUGAAUUCCAACUGCAAUUGAUGCUUCUACGGAUUACGGAGUUUGUAGAUUUAGUAGAAAGAGUUAAAAUGAUUGAGCAAGUACUGGGGAAUAGUAAAAAGUCUGAAACUGCCAUUCAGCUGGAAAACGUCUUAGAACAACUAGUUCAAGUCUACAAUUCAAACGAUCUAGGGAAUCUCGUGGUAGUGGAAGAUUCAGUUCAAGAUCAGAAAGAUGAGACAGAAGUCGAAAGAGACAAACUAUUGUAUCUACUGGCAGUAUCAGAAGCCCAGCUCAGAAUGUUGAAAUUCCAGAAUGUGAAUAUUAUGGAAACAAACAUAGGGAAGAAUGUAGAAAAGGCCGAGGUUCAGGCCGAAGUGGUUCAGUUGCUAGAGGUGGAAUUAGAAAGGCUAGUGAAAAUGCUACACAAAUUGCCUGGAUUACCUUCUGAUCGGGGAGUUGAAUUUGUGAUUGAAGUAUACCCGGGUACAGAUCCAGUGUCAAUACCUCCAUAUCGAAUGUCACCUACUGAGUUGAAGGAGCUGAAGAUUUUCCAACCGUACUUGGACCAGUUUGUAGUGGUUUUUAUUGAUGAUAUUCUAGUAUAUUCAAAAUCUGAAACUGAACAUGAACAAUAUCUUCGAAUUGUUUUGCAAAUAUUGCGAGAGAAGCAAUUAUAUAGAAAAUUGAGUAAGUGCGAGUUUUGGUUAACAGAGGUAUUUCUUGGUCAUGUAGUAUCAGCAGAUGGGAUUAGAGUAGAUCCAAAGAAGAUUGAAUCCAUACUUCAGUGUAAAGUUCCUAGAAAUGCGUUAGAGGUACGUAGUUUGCUUGGUUUGGCUGGAUAUUAUCGAAGGUUUGUGAAUGGAUUUUCAAAAAUAGCUUUACCAAUGACAAAGUUAUUGCAAAAGAAUGUUUUGUUUGUUUGGAGUGAGAAGUGUCAGAAAAGUUUUAAAACAUUGAAACAAAUGUUAACAGAAGCACCAGUAUUGAUUUUACUGGAGUCGGGAAAAGAUUUUGUUGUGUACAGCGAUGUUGCCUUAAAUGGUCUUGGGUGUGUACUGAUGCAAAGUGGAAAAGUAAUUGCUUAUGAUUCACGACAAUUGAAACCCCAUGAAUGCAAUUAUCCAACACAUGAUCUAGAAUUAGCAGAAGUGAUAUUUGCCUUGAAGAUUUGGAGACAUUACUUAUACGACGAAAAGUGUUAUAUUUACACUGCUCAUAAAAGUCUCAAAAGAUACCGAUCAGAUCCCUCUUAUCUGAUUUCAACUGAAGAUAUAGAGAUUCGACCUGAUUUGUCAUAUGAAGAAGAAUCGGUUAAGAUACUGGCACGUGAAGUAAAGGAAUUACGUAAUAAACGAGUUCCCUUAGUAAAAAGGAGUAGUCAUAAUAUUGAAGAAGCAACGUGGGAAUCAGAGGAUACAAUGAGAUCACAGUACCCCCAUCUCUUUUCAGCUCUUCUAUAUGAACUUCCGUUCAACCCUUAUGGGUUUCUGUUUAGCACUUUUGUGCUUCUGUUUAGCCUGAAAGCUUCUGAUAACAAUGUACUCAUAUUCGUAAGCAGUUUUCCGAUUCGGAAGAGUGCAUGA